UCCAAAACUACACACACCUUUGCCCCCCCCCCUUGCACAGACUGAACAAGGUGAUUGGGACUGCUUUAGCAUCAACAUCACACAUUAGAAGCAAUAAAGAAAAGUUGAACAACUAUAUGGACAGAAUGACAGAAAAAAGAAUGAUGAGAAGAACAAUAGGCAUAUGAAGACACAAACUGGUGACAGAAUUAUGCAUAUUAUAUUUGUCAGCGGAAAAUCAGAAAAAAAAUCAGAAUUAAAGGUACAUUUAUGGAGGCACAAAAGUGAUCAACAAAGGCUUUAUAAUUAAGCACAUGACUCUUUAGAAGAUCCAAGGUCACUUAGAAUUGAAAAAAAAACUUUCAAAGAAUAAUGAAACUUGCAAUUGAGUCAGAUCACAUGGAGAGUCCAAAUAACACUACUCUGGAAAAGGCCUUACACCAAUGUGAUGUUUGUGGGAAGAUUUUUAAAAAAUCAAGAUCUUUACAGUUACACAGGAGGGUGCAUGCAAGUGAAAAAUCUCAUAAAUGUGACACAUGUGGAAAAGCAUUCAGUGAAAUACUGCAUUUGAAGGGACAUAUGAAGACAAAGUUAAGAGUCCUGUAACCAAAGUUAAUUGUGAUAAGUGUGGAAAGUCCUUUGGAAACCCAAAAUAUUUACAGAAGCACAUGAAGAGACAGAUAUGCGAGGAGAUUUUGAAAAAACGUAAAUGUAAAAAUCCAUUUGUUGAUAUAUGCAGGAUGGUCAAUUACCAAAGUGGGCAGACUGAUAAACCAGUAAGAAUUUCUAUUUAAAGAAGAUCCUCUCUGUGCGAAGUAUGUGGAAAGAUGGCCGCCUGUCUGGAAAGACACAUGAGCAUACACACAACAGAGAAACUGUACACAUGUAAUGUGUGUAAGAAAGCCUGCAGUGUAAAAUCCACAUUGCCUGCAAAUACAGGGGCCCAUAUAUGUAAGAAACCCUAUAAUUGUGAAGUGUGUAGGAAAAUAUUCAACCUUCCAGGACAGAAAAAGACAAAUAAAGGACCUUUUCUGUGUAGUUUGUGUGGAAAGUCAUACACACACUCACAUAACUUACACAACCACAAAAGGACACAUACUGGUGAAAGACCAUAUAAAUGUGAUGUGUGUGGUAAAUCUUUUACAAUAUUGUCUAUCUUAAAGGUACACAAGCGGACACAUACUGGUGAAAGACCAUAUAAAUGUGAUGUGUGUGGGAAGGCAUUUAUCAUUUCAAAUGAUUUAAAGUAUCACAAAACAUCACACACUGGUGAAAAACGUCAUAAAUGUGUUGUAUGUAAGAAGGCAUUUACCCGACCAUCGUCAUUGAAACUUCACAUUAGGAUACAUACAGGGGAAAACCCUUAUAAAUGUAAUAUUUGUGGAAAGACAUUCAGCAGCCAAUCAUAUUCCUUAAAGGGACACAUGAUGAGAAGACAUAAUGGUAAAAUGAACUCAAAAAUGUGAUGUGUGUAAACAAAAAAAAAGAUUUUACCAAAUAUAUGCUGUACAGAAACACGAGAGGUCAAAAAUUUUACAGAUGAAAAAAAAAACUAAUACUAGUAACUGCUCAUAACAUUUGAUAGUUGAGGAGACCUGGAUCAAUCAUCAUGAAUGUGUGUGAGAUGGCAUUCUCAAAUAUUUUACCAAUGUAUACUGAACAGACACAGGAGGACACAUACUUUUACGAAAACACAAAAACAUGAUAGAAGUGAAUAGUGUUAGACGGCACACACGUGAUGAAAUCACACACAUGAUCAAAUCACACACGUGAUCAAAUCAGACAAAGCAAUCGUACCUUGAAAAUGUAAUGUAUUGGAAGGCUUUCCCUUUUUAGAUUCUAUAAAAAAGCAUCCGAGAAGAUAUACUGGUGAUCGAUAAAUUUUAUGCUUAAAUCAAUUUCUUAAUUUACAUGCAUGUACCUGAAAUGUAAUGUUUGAAAAAAUAUAUAUAGUAUAUAUAGCAUAUUUUUGAAAAAAUAAUAUCCGAUAAUUGUAGAAUUUCAAAGAAAUAAAGUACAAGUGUAUGGAACUAAA